AGCAUUCCCAGUUCUUAUCCUGAGUUCUAUGCGAGCAGAGCUCUAAGAUUUUGCUAGUAAAAAGCUAAAAAGAUACAAGAUAGCACAAGAAUGAUUUGGUUGUUGAUGUGAUAUCAAAGUUUGUUUCAUGUGAGCUGUUUAAUUGCAUUGAUUCAGUGCGCGUCUGUUCAAUACAACUGUAAUAGGCAUUUCAAGAAGCACAUUUAUGAUCAUUCUUCACUUGGAAUGACUAUUAUGCCAGCCAGCAACCAAGGAGGGCGCAUAGUGAAUCAGCUGUUGGACUCGACGCGAAAUUUUGAUGAGUCUGCAGAUCAGCGACAGUCUAGGGGGCAUGGGGACAUGGUCUCGUGACAAUGACAUGUAGAACUGGUCUAGGCUCGCCGCUAGCUUUUCGAGCUACCGGUGUCGGGUAGACUUGAAAAAAAACUCCAAAAAACUGUAAACAACAAUUAAAAAACUACAAACAUCAACAACUACUACCCGACGUGUUUGUCCGCUGCCCUACAAGUGUACUGAAAAUAUGUCAAUUGAAAUUCGAUUACAAGUAGAGACUUGAGAAAUCUUCCAUCCUGUAUCAUAGAUACACAUUGUUAAUGGUGGACUGUGUUAGUGUAUUAGAUUUCUAGUAACAUCUGAAACUUUCAACUUGAAAUGUAUUGUGGAUAGUUCACUUUUUGUUUUGCCGCGGUAAAACAAUGAAAAGUAGCCUACAACUACUUUGAGAGGUGAAUGAAUGGAAAGGAUUUUCAAAUUGGUGAGGGUGAAAAUUAAAUGAAAAGACAUUGAAAGUGAGAACAUUCUAUUGGAUCUGAACGCUACAAAAAAAAUGUGAAGGUUUUAGGUGAAUGAUUUUAGUGUGUUAAAAAUGUGUGAGUGUUGAUUUAUGUAUGAUCUACCACAUUAAACUCUAGUCUAUUGAACUGAUGAUAAUACAUGAUUGAAUUAGUAGAGUUGGAACGGAUAUUUGUAUAGUACUUGGUUGCAAAUUAUAAAUCUACGUUUAUCGAACAUGGGUGGCCUUAAAAUGGACUAAGUUUCUACAGUGAUAAGAUUUUGGUGUUUUUGUGUUAGUAGUCAGAUUUCAGGUUUGAAAUAUUUAAUUGUAGGCCUAAAUACAGACUAGUGGUACUCUUGUAUCUACACACACAGACACCAAUCUAAGAACUUGACUGUUAAUUAUCAAAAUCCUCUGACAGCACACUGUUUACUUUGAGAUCUGUACGAAUGCUGUUUAAUUUAUGAUUGCGCGCUGACAGUCAGUUACUCAGAUAAAUUCUUCAGUUACCCUUUACUCUAGUUUGGAGGAGGAUGUUUUUGAGACUGUUUUGUGAAGCGUAUGUUUUCGGAAAUACUAGUAGCAGCUUAUUGUAACCGUCUGUGAUCAAAAUGCACGUAACAAAUUCUAUUUUCUCUUAUUGGUAAUACUUUUAUUGUUAACUGUAAUAAUUUGUUCAUGUGUUGAGAAUUAUAGCACUGAAACCAUAGUGCUAUCAAUCAAACGCUUAUAAGUGUGUUGAGACUUUUAACAACUGAAUUCAAUCAGGUUAUUUAUCACAUAAGGGACUAUUAUACGCUGAAUUCAACUGUUGAAAGCUGCUGAAAUAAUUUUGUUAACAACAGCUGAAGUGAUUGUUAUAAGUGUAUCAUUUAUCACAAAAAUUCAGCUGAAGUGUACACACUAUUCAGAUUUUUGAGACUGCUGAAACUUACUAUUUUCACAGUUUUUGUUAACUUUAUCUGAGUGGACAUUAUAUGAGAUUAUCGAUCACCUCAUUUUUUGUCACUCCGUGAGUGAAGUGAACAUUGUAAGAGUUAGCGAGACUAUUAGUGGGUUAUUUGUGGUAGUAACACUGUCUGUUACUUUUUGAGUGUAAUUGUAAAACUGUCGAUUGUAACAUUAUUUGUUUCACUAAAUUUUGAGAGUACUGCCGCUUGUCAAUUGUCACAUUUCUUGUAACGUUGAGUAAAAAUUGCUGGAAAACUGUAAGAGUACGUGAAAUCUGUCGAUGGGUUAUUGUCAAUUGUCGCAUUUUCUACAACUUUGAAUUAUAUAAUGGGUUUUGGGAGGAAUCUGCGGCCAUGAUGACAGAAUUCAGCGAAAGAGCGCGUUAGUGGUGUCGUGUUAGAUGUCAUCUUUCUCAAAUAACAGUGGUGGUUCUAGUAGUGGUGCCACCAAUGCACCAUUAAAAGAGGAUAGAAAACAGAGUUUGCAGCCGUGCGACAGAGAUAACCAGCUACCAACUCUGGCAAUCAUCGGACGAAAUGAAAACGAUCAUUCGCGGAAAACGCAGAAUCUGCUUAAGUCCAAGAAGUACGAGACUUUCGAUGAUCCUGCAGAGUCGUCGAGGAGGUGUGAGGUGGGUGAGUCGCAUGUGCCCCCCGAGCCAGCCGCUAAAAAAGAGGUACACUUUGAGUUGCCCCCAUCGUCACGUGACCACAAUGAGGCAUCGGCGGGGUUCAGGAGUCACUACGGCACGCCGUCGCAUCAAGGCAAGGCCUAUCUAGAGACAAACCUAGACUCGAGCUGUGCGAGCGAGAGGCGAUCAAGCACUCCCACCCUCAACGUAGCCGUGUCGUCAUGCAACGAAGUUGGGACUUCGCUGUGGCUCACGAGCGGAAGCGGCGGCAGCGGAAGUGAUUUUACACGCGGCGCGCAGACGUUUGGCGCGCAAAAGUGCGACGCGCAGAAAUGUGACGUUUUUGCGCGCGGCGGUCGGCAAGACUCGCCUCCGCCUGACUAUUGGAACCAGGUCGGCCAACAGGUGCCUUUCAUUGAUAGCAGCGGCGGUAGCGUUAGAAAUUCGCUUCUCAUCAACCAGAGUGCAACUGGGGGUGGCAGCGGCUAUCAGAUCCUGGUGGACCGAAGUGCAGUGAACCAACCGCCGGGUUCGGAUUCCACCUCAUUGAACUCGGCACCCUCCUCACCACCUCCCUCCUCGCUUACCCCUCCCACCACCUCCACCUCGUUCAGGGACCAAAGUCGCAAGAAGCGGCCCAAGCUCAGUCGCUUCUAUAGCCAGCAUGAUCCUGAUUGUCCGCCCGCAGGUGGCAUAGAGCUGCGAGUACUAGAGCCGUUGUUGUCUGAAGAUGACGGAACACCGAUUGGGGGCGGGAGCGGUGGUGGAGGUGGUAGCAGUGGGGGUGGGGGAAAUCAGCUGGCCACGGUGCGGGAAGGGGCGGGAGAAGGGGAGGGACAGCGUCCCGGCGCCACUCGCCGGGAACUGCGCAAGCUCAAGCAUUCCAACACUAUCGCAUGCUCGGGUCGCAAACGCAAGACGAGCAGCUGGGAGGAGAGUGUGUCGCUACAGCGCCGACGCAGCAUCGCGAGUCGCGAGGAGGCACGCGAAUGGCGAGACAAGGUGCUGACAGCAGAGGGGGCCGAUGACUUGGGGGGCACCGCCUCCACGCCCCCUGGGGGCCAGGGGGGGCUCAGGGAGGACACCCAGCAGGAUCUGCGCUACUACUUCCAGCACCCCUACCUGCGCCUCUUCGCCACCUACACAGUCAUAUUCUGCAACUUUCUGCUCUUCGCCGAAGAUCCCAUUUCGCAUAGUCAUGCUGAAUCUGUGAUACCAAUGGUGGGAAAUGUAUUCAGCUUUGUCCUCACUAAAUAUCCACCUGAAUGGAGAUGGGCCUUGAUAAAGGUGAUUAUGUGGCUUUGUGCCAUAAUCUGUGGCUUACUAGUGGGAAAAUAUUUUGUACAUAAUAUCCUCUGUGGAAAGAUUUUGAGACUGAAAAUGUUCCGUGAUGAACAGGGAUCAUGGAUUGCAAUGUUUCUGACUGUGAUCGUUUCACUUUACUUAUUUUCCCAUGUCUACAACCUGAUUCUAUUGAUAUUCUACGAUAAGCCAUAUUACUUCAUUGACAGUAGAAUGGGUAUAACUUAUGCUAGUGUGAUGAAAACGGCAGCCUGCGGCACGUGGCUGGGUGACCUGAUCACGGCGCUGAUGGUGACCGACGUGAUGCUGCAGGACAACCUGUACCCCGAGUGGGCACCCACCUGUCGUCGGCUGUGGCGACGCUCCAACCUGCCCCGCAUCCUCAUCUUCUGGGUGGUCUCCGUCAUCGCCACCGGCAUUGUCGUCACCCUCAUCCUCAGCGACUACAUCUCCUGGGACCGGCUCAACCGCGAUUUCAUAUCCAGCACAGAACUGACUCGUGCUUUUCUGGCAUCGUUCAUUCUGGUGAUGGACGUCCUGAUAAUGAUGCAGGAUUGGGACUUUCCGCAUUUCACCACCACCUUACAUAUCAAUUUGCCCGGAUUCAGUGUUGCCACUCUCGAAUGGAAGUAUGCCGAGGUGCAUUUGACAGGAAAGUGGUUCAACUACGGGUUGAUCUUCAUGGUCAUGUUAUUGGAUUUGAAUAUGUGGAAAAAUCAGAUUUUCUACUACCCGGCACGUUUUGGACAAUAUACAGCCCCUGAUGACAACAAGAUUCGAACGGUGAAUGACCAAGAGCUGCUGCAGACGGCCAAUCGAUCGCUGUGGACAUGGCAGAGUCGCUCCCAGAUCAAUGAAACAACUGGUCUUCCCUACUUCACAAAUGAUUUCAAAAUGAACUCGCAAUAUAUGGGCUACCCGUUGCUAUUGAAGAUCACUGCCUUUAUUCCAUCUUGCCUUGCGAUGACAUUGUUCAUAUCGGUUAUUAUAAUGCACGGUCGAUACCCAGAUCAGGGAAGUGUAACCAGGGAUUCAGAGGAGAUCACGACAUCGAAAAAAGGGGUGUCCGUUUAACAUUAAGGGGCUGAAUUCAAUGGAUGGAUAAUACAAACGGCGCCAGAGAUGUGUGAUGAUGAGUAUUGCAAAAGAGUCCAAUAAUUUGUUCAGGAAUUAAUUUAUUCAUCAAAGGAAAGCGCAUUGAUUUGUCCCAAGAGUGUUCAGAUUUUUAUAAACUACCGUGGUUCAACAAAAAACAAACAAUUUCAGUUACUUCGUCCAGGAAACUCCUUCAAACUUAUAUAAUAUUGUUACAAGUGUGUGAGAAGAAUUUGGAAUCUAAAGUGUUUCAAGUGAGAAAACCUUUGUGUCGUUCUUUUGUAUUACUUUACACGAAAACAAAUAGAGAAUCAACUGUAUUUUUAUAGUUAUCACAUGAGUUAGAUCAUCAUUCGAAAGCAAAUAAGGUGUAGUUCAAAUGCAUAUUUGUGAUCAAUAUUAACUUUUUUGCUAGGGCUACUCUUGAAAAUAAAAAUUUAAGUACCUAACAUUUUUUUUUAAAUUGUUUACUUAAGUGAUUAAGUUUAAGUGAGUAAACAGUUUAAAAAAGUGUACUUAGAUUUUUAUAUCUUUCCAUUGUGAUCAAUAUUAUUUUUACUCUCUAAUUAGAUACUUUGAUAGAACAAACUUUAUUCAUUGAAACUUUUCUCCAACUUUAAGCUUCAAGCUAAUUCGCUUUGAGCCAUUUUCAAAUUGAACUUCUUCCUCCCAUUCAAGCUUACUACUAAUUAGCUUAUUGGUUUAUGCUUUUUUCCAACUUUUUCCACAACCAACACAUUUAUUCUAAUCUCCUACAAAUACAUUUGUAGAACUUUAAUUAUAAACUAGGAGACUUACACUUGAAAAAUACUUCUGAAAUUAUCUUUUGAUCUUAAUUUAAUUUUAAAUAAUAAUUUGAACGAGUUUUGUUGCUCAAGUGAAGAUGCAUUUAUUGUAUUUUAAUUUGAUUUAUCAAGCUAUUAUGGUAUCUAAGUAUCCAACACUACCUCACAUAUUUGCAUCAAUUAGUAAAUUUAAAAAAUUAAGUUCAACUAGAUUUAUGAGCAGUUAUUGAUUUGGAAGUUUCCAAAAAACUGCUGAUCUAUACUAACUUACUUGCCGGUAUCUACAAUUCAAAAUCAUUUUAUUUUAUUAUUUUAAUUGGAAAUCAAUACUUGCCUUACCUACAAUAGUUGAAGAAAUGUUAAAUACAUAAUCUUAAAUUGGGUAAAUUAAGUUUAAAUACAUUAGCUGCUCUAUUCGUCUAUUUUAGUCUUUUUAUUUUUCUAAUAUGCUCUUAACAGUUCCUAAAUUUCAAGCAAUAUAAAGGUAUUUAGGUAAUAGAAACUAUCAAUCUUCCACAGAAAACACCUUACACUAUGAAGUGCUUUACAGUAUUAAUUUUAGCAGCUAAAGGUUCAAUUUCUUGAUGGGCGAAUCUAAGUUACGUUCAUCUUGAGGCCUAGUUUAUAUUCACCAUAUUAUUAUAAAGCCUUUUCUUGAAAUGGUGUAUUCUGGAGAAAUAAUAUUUUGUUUCCAACAUAUAGUUAAGUGUAAAACAUUUGUAAGUUAAUAUAUUUGAAGUUUUUACACUAUUAGUCUCAUGAAAUAGAGUAUAUUUAUUAAUUGUCUUGUCUAACUUAUGAAAUCGAACUACAACGAAAAAUUAUAUUAAGGUCUAAACUUUAUUUAGCUACUUUGAAGAAGUGAAAUCAUUAAUUUUUAUCCAUCGUCACCAUAUCUUUUUAUUGGCAUAUUCUCUAAUGUAGGCCUAAACAUUGCUUACCUAAUCUAAAGUACUUUUUCAUCAUAUAUCCAAGUAUAUAUUACGCUUAAGUCAAUGGAAAUUAAUCAGCCUAAAUAAUUAUUAUUGUCAACGAUAGAGUUGUUCUAUGCUGCUUGUUUCAAAAUUACAUUUUUAAUCAUUGUUUUAUCCAUAGAACCAUUUACGAAUUAUACUAUUGGAAAUGGGUUCAUUUAAAGAACUUGACUCUUGUUCAGACAAGUUAAUUUCAAUUAGUUAUCAACGUUUAUCUCCCGGUUGCAAGUACUUUUGUUGAAUUUAACCAUGUUUAAUGGAAAUCGAAAUAAUUUUUUUAUUAAAAAAAAAUCAACUACAAAUAUUACUCUUUAAUGUUUCUUUCCAUUACGAACUGCUUGUUAAUAAUCACGUUUGAACACUUAAUGUCUCAUGCUAUGUCUAAUUCCUAUCAGACUGCUAUGUUGUAAUUGUUCAAAAGCUAUUACAAAUACUACAUCGAGUUGAUUUAAACAAAUUCCAUUAAUUUUAUUCGAAUAACUGUGAUAUACAACUUCAAUACAAUUUCCAAUGCAAUUCUCUAAUACUACUUAUUAGUAUUUACUAAUUAUUUAGUAAAUACUAAUUAGUAAUUACUAAUUACUAAUUGGUAAUGAGUAGCAUUACUAAUUUCUAACUUUCUUUAACUCCCUACCAAUUUCCCAAAUCUAUCAUUGCCUACUAAAGUUUCUAGAAUAUAGAUUUUGAACUACUCAACACUGUUGUCUAGUUCACACACUUUGAAACACCUCAAUCUUUAGAAUUUUUGUUGAAUUUCAUAUUUUUCAUUGAAUUUAUAGUUGUUCGCAGUAAAGUUUAAAUGAAGCUGCUAUUUGCUGCCAAAAUUCAAACAAUUUCUCACCAUUUAUUAUUUUAAUUUACCAAUUUUCUAACACUAAUGUUUGUUAUUCCACACACUGCCAAUUCAUAUGCAACUCAUCUAGUGAGAUUUAGCUCAAACUGUCAGCAUGCCUUUGUUAAUAAUAGCAUCAAUGUUCUCAAACAUUGCCAACAGUUUGAAGCUAAUCACACUAUAGCAACUUUAUACAUCAUAAUAAUUAAUUAUCAUCUUAGGCGCAUCAUAGAUUAUGCAUACCAUGAAUUCAGCCCCAUUGCAAAAGCCAUAAUGGAGGAUUUAGAUAGCUAAUAAGUGCAUAUUAUAUUAUUGACAACCGUCCAUAAGGACACUCUAGUUGUUAGAAUGAAUCUUUAGAAUCUGCUAGCGGCCACCAAAAAGUAUACACCAUGUAAUUAUAAUUAGUAUUUAAUAUUAUAAUCAAUAAUCACUAAUAUUGUAACAUAGCUUAUGAAAUCUACAAAUUAUUAUUAGAAAAUGUAGAUAUAGGCUACCGUACUAAAAUGCGUCAAUGAAAAUGUAUUAUGUAUAGUAUUAUAGCUUUACUAUUUUUAGAAAAGAGGAAUGUUGGAACUACAAUAUACAGCAAUCUGUAUUGAACUAUGUAAAAUGAACAAACAAUAUAGUAGCAAGAAGUUAUUUAAAAAUAAUGUAGUUGUACAUUCUAAGAAAACAAUGAUAAAUUUACGAAGAUUGUAAAGUUGUGAGUUCAAUUUGAAACUUGUUAUUUUCAUCGAUUUAUCUGUAAGGAAUUAAUUUUUUGGUGACAGACCUAAUUUUAUGUUUUAAUAAUUCGAUUCUAAGCUGGCCUAUAAUUCUAUAAUGUAAUGAAGAAAGAAGGAAAUUCAACGAAUUUAUUCGGUCUAUUUUUUAUUCAGGUAAGUUACUAAUCAACAACAUAAUACAAAAACAAAGUAUAGGUGUUAAUCCUAAACGUGCAUUACCUAUAUAGGUACUAAAUUAUUGAUUUAGAUAUGAAAUUAUCUUCCCUCCAGUUUUAAAAGCAUACAAUGAACACUAAAUAUUCAUAUUCUUUGCCAAGCAUUUAUUAUGAAUGUGAGUUUUUUGUUUAAAAUUUUGUUACCAGCUCUCCAAGGGCUUUGUUACCAUGAAGUGCAUAUUUAUAUAUUUAAUUAUUUAUGAAUGAAAUACAUUGGCCGUUUUCACACUUACCACAGUUCGACAUUUAUAAUCACGACACCCAGAUUGGGAACAAGAAACAGUUUCAAUGUAGUUUUUCUGGUAGAUGCUCACAUAAGUAAUUACAUGUUUAAUGAAUUGAGUAAUGACUCACAAUCUUAUCUGACAAUGCUUCUUUCAUACCUCUCUUGGAUUCAGAUUUAUCUAUUUCUUUAAAAAAAUAAUUUGAUCGCUUUGAAUCUGACUUCUCAUCCUCCAUCGAACUGUAGGCUACUAUUUGAAUGCGUUUUAGCUUGUUUAUAAACGUUAUUUUCAAAUAAAUUAUAUCUAAUAGAAAUAUUGGUAUUCAUUAUUAGUUCCAUUAAUCACUUAUAUUAGAAGUCUUCUUAAAAUAUCAAUUGAUCAAACAUGAUCUACUUUCUCAUAAGUUUAUAUCAUUCAUUAUAAACAUAUCCAUGUAUCUCUUCCCGAAAAUUGGAAAACAAAUCAAUUGUAACUGAUCUCCAUUAAUGUUUGCUAUUUAUUUUACAUACUUCCUUGUAUACAUACCUAAUUAUUUUAACCAUCAAUAGAUUAGCCACUAAUAAGCAUCUCAUUGUAUUGGAUCAACAAGAAUAAUCUUUGUUCAAUCUGUGCAAUAAACUUAUAUUUUGUCACUAUAAAGUAUUAUUGUUGUUGAAUUUGAAAAGUUUUAUGAUUGUUAAAGUUGGGAGAGGUGUAUUUUCAUUGCCUGUAAUGUGUGAAUAUGCUUUUUGGAAAUGGUUGUUUUGAAUAAUUGAAAGUGCAGGCUGCACAAAAGCCGGUUAAAUUUUGAGAACCAAUCAGAGACGUUGUCUUCUCGAAAACGCCUUCUCUGAUUGGUUCUCGUGCAAUUAAUCAUGAUUCAAAUUUAACCAGCCUUUGUGCAACCGGGCCAAAGUUUUGUCGAACCAUUUUGUGUUAAGUAUUUGAUACUACAUUGUUUUAAACCGAUAUGGUCAUUAGCAUGUAUGAUUUUAUAUUUCUACUAAGUCUAGAUGUAAUUUAUAUCGAGUGAUAUGAUUUCUGUAUCUAUGCUAUUAUAAAUGGAUUUGCGACGGAAGUUAAAAUGUCAUUGUAUUCAAAUAUUAGGAUUACGCUUACUUACUUUAUCUCAAAAAGCAAUAGAAUCAACACCAAUAUUAAUGGUAAACUGUCAGUACAAUUUAUAGUAAAUUCGUGUAGGUUGGUAUGACUAAAGUCGUUAUUACAUGAUGAAAUUUUCAUUAAAAAGUAAUUAAGAAGACGUUUAAGGUAAAGAUGAGAAGAAAGUCUUGUCAAGUCGGUCGGAUUGCUUCAAAUAUUGUCCAAUUUUUUGAACGACUUCAUAUGAUAAUGGACUAGAUUCAAAUAAAACCAAUUUCACAAGACUCACAAAUCAACUAUAUAUUCAAACAAAUAUUAAAGAAAAUAUUCAAGUAUUUUUACGAAAAUUUGAUCAUGUACUAACGACUUGAUAAAAUAGAAUAAUGUUCUGGUGUGUAUGAUACGUUUGUUCUUUGUUAUGGAUGUAAUAAUUCUUCAUUCAUAAUGUUUUAUUAUCAUUUUCAUUGUCUUCAUCAACGAUGUAUGCUAGAACUUUUUAUCACAAACGCUAGUAGAAUUACUUACGUGUUUCGUUAUUAUAGAAAAUUUCCAAUUGUGAGAAACAAUGUAUCAGCGAUGCAAAGUGUUCUAACAAAUCCAUCUAUUUCUAUCUAGUCUCCAAUUAUUUUGCAUUUCAUAGAGAUGUUAAGUCUAACUACGGAUAAACCUUUAUAACUAUACGACCUUCUAGUAAUAGUAAUAUUCUAUUGCCAUUUUUUUCUAAGAAAAGGUAUACAAUUGUUCUCUUACUUUAUAAAGAAAAAGAAAAAUUCCCAGCAAUUUGCAAUUUUUACACGAAUUGAUAUUAUUCAAUUGCAAUAAUUAUUCACUGUAGUAUCACAAAUUAAGUUUAAGCUUACCAAUCCACCAAAUUAGCUCGUAGUGAAUUUUGAGAUCCCAAAGAUCAUACAGUACUUGUAUUAUUAAGGAAUGAAAGUACAAUAUGAUAAUACAUUGUUAGCAUUUAAUGUUUGAUUUUUGUCAUUAUUUUAGUUAAUGAUUUUCCAUAUCGAUUUAUUAUUUUCCAUUAAUUCUUAUUUUUAUUUAGUUUGAAAUACAGAACUAGAUGUGCUAUAUUUAAAUUUUUGCAUUUUGUUUGAAUGGUUUUAUUCAAAUGUUGCUGAUUUAACAAAAGAUAAUUCAAUAAUAUUCAUCAUUGUGUAUAAAAUUUUAUUUGAAAUUUGAAAUUGAAAUUUUAUUGCUGUGUCAUUUGCAGUUAAUAAUUUCAAUUAUUAUUGAGUUAUAAACUAUGAUAAUAGAAUCUAAGUACAUAUAUAUAUAUAUAAUAUACAUUGGCACCAAAUAUAUUUUUAGCUUGGUAUAUUUAAGUGAUGAACAAUAUUUUGUGAAUUGUCAGUAGUGUAAAUUAUAGUCGAUAACGAUAAGCAAAGUAUAAUAAAAUGCACAAAAAUGUCAUGUAAAUGUUUUUACAAAAAGUGUCCUUAGUGUGACAGGCAUUUUUAUUUUGUCAGUAUUAUCUCGUUUGAAAUUUAUGCUUUACCUAUUCUCAUAAACAAUACUCUUGGAUCUGGUAUCUUUUCUGUGUUAAUAACUACAUAUGAUUGUUGAUCUUAUAGUGAGUUGACACAGACCUAGCAAACAGCUGGAGAUUGCGAAUAGCUCGAUUCAGUCAGCCAACUCCAACAUUGUGAAUACCCCUUUUAUAUCAUAACAUUUUCAAUCAUUAUAUUCCUAGGAUCAUCAUGUUUCACAUUCAUUUGAUUAAGGGAAAAACAUAAACUUUAUACAUAAAUUAACCUGUCAAGAAUCAAAAUACUUGCCCAUAAUGAGGAAAAGAGCAAAUCCACAAUAUUAUAAUUUGUUUUUCAAUUGGUAGAUGUGACAUUUUCAGUAGAAUAUUCCAUUUUUCAAACCAAAUAAAUAGACUUGGAUAGUCAAAUAAUAUUUAGCCUAAUUUCGUUAAAUUCCAAGUUGCUUCAAGAACUUGGAUCCAGAGUGGUCUUUUUGAGAAUAGAUAAUAGUAUUAACAUCAAUAUUUUACAAUAAUAAAAUUCUCACCACUGCUACAAAGUUAUUGUGAAAUUAAUUAUUAUUGUACGGUACAUUUUAUGGUGCUUGAGUAUGGAAAAUAUAAUGACCAAAUAAUAAUGAUAAUAAUAGAAAA